GAUUCAUGAUUGAAAAAACGGACUACCAAUGUGGUCAUAUGUACAAAGUUAUUUUAAUAACAUAGUGUAGUAUUGGUUAUUGUUACUCAUUAAAUAAAAAGAGUUUUUGAACGAUAUUGAACAAAUAAUUUAAGGAAACAUCCAGGAAAUUUUUAUUGUUAUAUUUUUUAAAGUUAAGUCAUCAUGGGAAAGUUAAAUGUUACGAUGUUACGUUAUUUAACGAAGGAAGAUUUCCGUGUAUUGACGGCUAUUGAAAUGGGUAUGAAAAAUCAUGAACUUGUACCAGCUUCACUUGCUGCACAAAUAGCAAAUUUGCGUUAUGGUGGAGUUCAUAAAUUAUUAAAAGAACUGUGUAAGCAUCGAUUACUCAGUUAUGAAAGAGGAAAACAUUAUGAUGGUUAUCGUUUGACGAAUGCUGGUUAUGAUUACUUAGCCUUAAAAGUAUUGACACAAAGAGGCAUUGUUGGUUCUUUUGGCAACCAAAUAGGUAUUGGAAAAGAAUCGAACAUUUAUGUAGUUGCAGACGAAGAAGGAAAUCCAGUCUGCUUGAAGUUACAUAGAUUAGGUAGAACAUGCUUCAGAAAUAUCAAAGGAAAAAGAGAUUACCAUCAGCACAGAAAAUCUGCAUCCUGGUUGUAUCUAUCUCGAAUAUCAGCAACAAGAGAGUUUGCUUAUAUGAAAGCGCUCAUGGAUAGAGGAUUUCCAGUACCAAAACCAAUUGAUUUUAAUCGACAUUGUGUUGUUAUGGAGCUGGUUGAAGGUGGACCUUUGUGUGGUGUUUAUGAAGUAAGUGAUGUGGAAGCAUUGUAUGAUGAAUUGAUGAAUUUAAUUGUCACACUUGGAAAUUAUGGUGUUAUCCAUGGUGAUUUUAAUGAAUUUAAUAUUAUGAUAACGAAUGAUGGUAAACCAAUUAUUAUUGAUUUUCCACAAAUGAUUUCCACCGAGCAUAUAAAUGCAGAGCUUUAUUUUGAAAGAGAUGUCAAUUGUAUUCGUGAUUUUUUUAAAAGAAGAUUUGGAUAUGAAAGUGAACUCUAUCCUACCUUCAAAGAUGUUUUACGAGAAGAUUGUGUUGAUAUAGAAAUUAAAGCUAGUGGUCUUACAAAACAGAUGGAAAAAGAUCUAUUAAUAGAAAUGGGUUUUGAAAAGGAUGAAAGUGACGGAACGUAUGAUGAUGAUGAUAAUGAUAAUGUUCAAGAGUUAAAUGUCGAAAAUGAAAUAGAUAAUUUACGAUCAGAAGUGGAACAAUUGAUGCAUGAAGAUAUACCUUCAUCAAGAUAUAAACAGGAAGAAAAAAUUGAAUCUUUAAAAGAAGAAGUUGAUACAAAUAUCGGAAUAAGACAACUCAAAAUAAAUGACAGUAAAGAUAAUGAUGAUAUAGAUAAAAAAAAUAAAUCGAUAGAAAAUAAACCUGACAUUCCAUGCGAAAUUGGAACUAUGGCAAAUCUAAAUACUGUUUUUUCGUCAAAUUGUACUAACACAUUAGAGACUGAUUCUAUUGAUGAUAAUGAAUUUAGUGAUCUAAACAGUGUCAGAAGUGUUUCGACAGCAGCCACUAUAUCACCGAAUGUAAUAAAAAAGAGAACAAAACAAUCUUUAGAAAAACGAGAAAGAAAGGGCCUUUCUAGAAAGAUUCUAGUGAAAGGUGAAGCUAGUGCAGUAACUAGAGUUAGAAGGGAAAAUAGAGAUACUAUCAAACAGUCUACUACAGGUAUAUGGGGCUGGGAGUAAGAUUAUUAUUUAUCUUUAAAUUAUUAUAACAAUAACAAAAGAAUGUAUUUUUACUAUACAAAAGUGCAUAGAUAAUACUGCAAAUAUAAAUUGGAUUUAUAUGAUUUACAUAUGCCAUCGUACACUAUACAGUUUUUAAGUUA